GUGCUAUUAUGAUCAAAUGACAACAACUAUUAUGCUCACAAUAAAGUUCAAUUUAAACCAUUGAAUUUAAUUUAUCUCUAUUAUGACCUAUCUCUUUUAAUUUAAAAGAUAAAAAGGGGUGGCCACUUUUGAUGGGGGACACAAUAUAAUGUAUACCUAUAAUAAUAAAAUAAUCUGUAAAACUUAUUUUUUCUGAAUAAUAUAUCAGGGAAUGUUUAUUAAAUGAAUAAAACAUAUUCUUUCAGUGACGGAGUAACUGGAUGCGGUCUUUAUUUAGCGUUGAGUGUUCUUUUGGAACGAAUGGCCGUUGAAAGAGAAUGCGACGUUUGUUUGGCAGUACGAGCUGUUAGACGAUCGAGACCAGACUUUGUUCGAUCUUUGGAACAUCUGGAAUUUUUGUACGACGCCGCAGUGACGUAUUUAGAAUAUUUUGAAACUUACGCGAAUUUUUCAUGAAACCGAAAUAAAUCAAUAAUGUAAGAUAAUGAAAUGGAAUUACCAUACAUACCACAUUAUAAUAAAAAAUUAUACAUACAUAUAAUAAUCAUAUAUAUACGCACACAUUAUGUAUAUGUACGAGGUCUGUUCGGUAGUAUCUUAUUUAUAGCAAUAUCUCUAUGCUUGGGUCUACUUGUAGAGAACGAGUAUUCUCUUUUGGGGGGGAACCUUUGUGAGUAUCCCCGCCAAGUGGCGGGGUACAAUCUUGGAGCCCUUCAGUUGACAUCGGAACGCAGUGGUGUAAGCGUCUAUAUUUGUGAGCGAUAGAUUUCUAAUUUCUUCACCACGAUAAAGCACGAGCCUAUUCAUCUCAUCUUAUCCAGAAUUUUUUGACCAAACACGGCAUAAGUCCAUCAACCUUCGUACAGUUUUUAUGAGCUCUGUAUGACUUCUGGCUAUUCUCGAAAUUAAAAUUGUCCUUGAAAGGAAAGAGAUUUGAAAAUGUGGAGGAGAUAAAACAAAAUGCGAGGCAGCUGCAGGCUGUUCCAAAAGUUGAGUUCAAAAAUUGCUUCAGAAAGUGGGAGCGGCUCUGGAAGAAAAUUGUGGCUUCCAAAGGGGAGUACUGUGAAGGGGACAUAACGGCCAUUAAUCUAAAAUAGCUCUUCCUCUUUAUAUAGCGUAAGAUCGGAUAUUUUCCAGAUAGAUCUCAUUUACGAACAUCACAUACGCAUUAAUCAAUAAUGAGAAGAACGAUGCUGAAUACAUUAAUAUUUUUUCUCUUUAUGAACCAAGUGUCGCAUAUUUUUGGAAAUAUGUUCAUAUUGAGUGGACCAUCAAAUGCUACUCGUUAUAAAAAAUUUAUAUGUCUUUCGGAGGACGAUGGCACCCUUAUAUGGUUAAAGAAUUCCAGAUGGAGAUCCAAUAUAGAUUACGAAAUAGACGAGCCGAUUUACAGUUUGAAUGGAUAUAAUAAUAGCAAGAUAGAUUGCAAGAUGAACGCAGAUGAAAAGUGCUUGAAGUCGUGGAGUAAAGAAAACUGGAGUUUCACAAACUCUCUUCAAACGCCUAUGGGUCCGGUAUUUGAUGAACGAUGGAAAGGAUUUAAAGAAUAUGUGACUAAGCACUUGGAUACGUAUGAUCGCAUAGAUGUCAGUGCCAUGAUACUCAACAACACUACGACAACAAUCACAUUCUCGGUUUCAAUUUUUACAUUUAUAGAUUGGGAGAUAUUGUUUUGUUAUGGUACAGAUUAUAACAGAGAUUAUUGUUACCUUCUUAAACAGCGAGAGAUGUUUAUGAUAGACAAAUGCGAUACUCAAGUGUCUGUACCCGAAGAUUUAAAGUGCACCAGCUCACCGUUACAAGGCUUUGAAGACAUAGGAUUUAACAUGUGGAGUAAUACUAUGUGGAAAACGUUCAUUAUUAGUUGGAACUCUAUAACUCGAAAAAUGUCUAUUUAUAAUUCCGUUGAUGACACUGUUGUAACAUACGAAGACACGGAAAAGCCAGAACAUUUAGUCUCUAAAUAUAAUAUCUUCGUAUACAAACACAAUAUGGAGAGAUUCUUGGUGCCAAUUUCGGUACCAAUAUUCCGAUUGGAGCAUAUUCCGGAACCAUUAUUCCGAUUUCAUAUAUAUGAUUUUCUGCAUACAACUCUUGAAAAUGCUAUUUUAACGAGUCCUAUUGUCGAAUUUGAUAAUGAAACGAUAUGUGUAGACAUAUUACUUGGUCUCUGCGCAGAAUGCGAUGCACAUAUAAGGUUACUUGAUUCUGCAAACUAUGAAAUAUUGGAAACAAUAAUCGCAACAGGUUCAUCAAAAACGGCAAAACAUGGCUUGCCUAUGUGGCAAUAUGUUCAAAUCAAGAAAAAUCUUACAACCAGUUAUAAUAAUGUGAUAAUCCAACUUGUUCCUAUACUCAACAUGCCUACCUGCAGUCCAUUAUGGGCGAUAGCGAAUGUUCGUCAAUGUCCUAGAAAUGGUACUUCAAAAUCAAUUGCAUUAUAUAUAAAAUUAAAAGAAUGGGAAAGAAAACUUGAAGGACAACUUUUGCUGACAAUGAGUAUGACAUGUCAAAAAUUAUUUUACGAUGGAUCUACUAUCAUGAGUACUUUUUUUAAUCCUGAGAUAGAACAUUCAGAUUGUCCUCAAGGAAAAAUUGGACCGCAAUGUUUGAUUUCUUGCGAACAUGAUUUACAAAGCAAUACUGAAUGUGAAAAUGUUACAGUUUGUAAUAAUAACAAUGGUUGCACAUGUCCAUUUGGUUUUGUGGGAUAUUCGUGUUCUCUGCCCAUAAAAAAACCGAAUAUACCUACAGUUACUUCUGUAAGCAACACCAGUAUUGAUGUCACUGUUUCUGUAACAUGGGAUUACAAUGAUAAAUAUCGAUACAUACCGAUUUUUUAUUCUUUCGAAAUUAAUAAACAAGUAUCUUAUGACGUUCAACAAUCAUGGGAAAGAAUAUUUCAAAAUACCACACAUUUGAUACGACAGUUUGGAAACUUAAAACCCAAUACGGCUUAUGAAAUUCGUUGCAAUUUAAAAGCUCCAGGAUAUAAACUGCAUAGUGAUUGGAUAAAUGUUCGGACUGAUUGCAAUUUGGCUGAAAGCUUCGAUAUAUACUUCGAAAAACCUAGUAUAAUAAUUGAUUGGCAAAAAAAUGCAAGCCAAUCAUAUUUAUGUCCGGCGAAUUGGUAUCAGUUAGUAGUCCAAGAUAUAGAUACAAAUGAGCAAGUCAUUAAUCAAUCAAUUAUACACUUUCCUCAUAAAUUGUCACAUUUACCAUUGUAUACCUCUUUCAAUGUAUUUAUAUUUUAUAAAGAUCACCAACUAUUUUCUCAAGAAAUUCGUACAUACAAGAAUGUGUUAAAUCUUCAAAAAAUGUUCUCAUCUAAUACAGUCAUCUUGUUCUGGAAACCCUCAAAUCAAUCAAAUGAGGAAAUAGUGCAAUAUCGAGUACUCUUAAAGGUUAAAGAAUAUCGCGGCUGUAAAGAUUUAAAUUUAACUACGUCAGAUAAUCAUAUUAUUAUAAAACACACGACAAAUACAACAAUCUCAUUUUCAAAUCUGCACCCAUAUGCGUCUUAUAUUGCACAAGUCACAGCUAACAACUUACAACAUGACAGCGGAAUUAUCUUCAACACAAAUAAUUCUGAAAUACCAUCAGAAACAUUUAGUCACUUGAAAGUGGAAAAAUGGAAACUAACAUGGGACCCGCCAGAAAAUUGCACAACAAUUUCGGGAUCAUUAAUGGCUAGAAUAAUAAUACGUGGAAUUAGCGGUAGUGUUAAAGACUAUUAUAUAACCAAAGAGACUUCGCACAAUUUUCUUGAUUUACAUGAAAUAGAACCAAUAUUAUACAGUCAUACACGAUACGUGGCAACAAUUUAUGUAAUAAGAAAUUAUUCGAGUCCAGAAAAUACCUCCGCUUACCAAGAAUAUCAUUUCACAACUCCAAUAAGAGUUAUACCUAAAGUAAACAAUCUGGAAAUCGUCGAAAUUGAUACUCGUCAAAUACCUGCAGUGAUACAUUUAAGAUGGGAAAGUCUAUUACCAUCUCUCCAUGCAAACAGAUAUUAUAUGAUUGUAUAUUGUAUUGAAGAUAACACUUAUUCUAACAAUUAUUAUUAUCAUCUAGUUCAAUUAAAUGAAUUCUGUGAAUUGUGGGACAAUUACAUCUGUUAUACUAUUUCGAAACCGAUAAAAAGAUGUUAUUAUGAUAAGAAAAUUCAGAUUUUUAUAACUGAUGAUGAAUUUACUCCUUCGAGCGAAUUUCGAAGCGAUUCGCUUCUUAUGGAUGAAGAAACAUUUAAUAAUAUAACGCCAGAUGCACCUGCAAAUUACACUUGUACAAUAAACAACAAUAGCGUAGUUGAUUUAAAAUGGCAUCACCCAUGGAAGACAGGUGGUCAUCUACAGUUUUUUCGCAUCCAGAUAAUAGAAAUUUUCUCCAAUCUGAAAAGCAAAAGACUUGCUUUGCAAUCGUCAGAUAACGAUAUAUAUACAUAUGAAUAUCCGGUGACACAUUAUAUGCGUAAUUACAGUAAGCGAUUAUAUCUGUUUCCGUCAACACAGUACCUCAUUUAUAUUCAAGCUGUCACAAUUGCAAACGAAUCCAGCAAGUUUAAAUACGUGAGAAUUCAAACACCUUCAACCAUAGCUUUCGAUGGCGAUCUGAAAGUUAUGGAUAAGUCUAUCUCUACAAUCUCGUUAAAUAUACCUCCUAUUUUGAAUGAUACAUACGAUAGCAGGAUGCAUAUUAUAGUAAAAGGCUCUACUCCCUGCGAACAACAUUCAGAAGUGCCUAAGAGUUUACAACCACAUGCAGGCAUGAAGGGAUGUGAUGUCAAAUAUGCCUGGCAUGCCGCUGAAGUUUCGAUCAAUGAAUUCGCUGGCAAGAUAUUCACCGUUGGCGAUAAUAAGAUUUAUGGUGGUGUCAGAAAUUGCCCAUUGAAAUGUGACGAAUUAUAUAAAAUAGUAAUUAUCGUAACUGAGCAAAAUGCAUCUAGCAAGCCGCUCGUACUUGUGACAUCGAUCCGCACGAAAGAAAAUGAUGAGGUUCCAUCAAAACAUUAUGAAGCGGACAAGUAAAUUAUUACAAGUAUAAUUUAUCUAUUCCACAAGCAUGGAAAACAAUAUAUUCAAAUAUAACAGAAUUGAUAAGAUGUUUUGAAAAUUUAAAACCUCAUACGGUUUAUGAGAUUCGUUGCAGCGUAAAAUUUCCAGAAUAUCAAGUAGUUAGUGAUUGAAUAAAUGGUUUGGACCAAUAGCAAUCGUAAGUCAACUAUAUUUAGAAUACAUAAGUUAUUAAUUUUAAAUAUAUAAAAUUGAUUGUCUCUUUUCUUAUUACAUAAUAUAUCAUAUUUUAAGUAUAAAAAUAGUUAAAUAUAAUUAUUAUCACUUUGUAUUAUCAUGCAAAUGAUAAUUCGUUUUUUGCAUAAAACGAUACAAAAUGCUUCAUAAAAAAAUAAAUAUUAGGAAAUGCGGAAUAUAACAUAGAACAUUAAUUUUAUGCUAACUAAUUAGCUAUAUUCAUUUUUUAUGCUUUCAUUUUUUUAUUCUUUUUCUCUAAAUUAUAGUAAAAUUUUUUAUUGCUUUUUAUCCACUUUUAUUUGCAUUGUACAAUGCUUUCUGUAAUAUUUUUCUCCACAUUGCUUAAUAGCUGACAGCUUCGAUAUAUUUUUCCAAAAAAUUAGUAUGAUAAUUGAUUGGCGAAAAAAUGCAAGAAUAUAUACAUAUUAUAUUUUGCUAUCCAUUCAGAUCGAGAUACAUUUAAAAAUAGAAUAUUUUAAGAAGAUAUAUAUGUAUCAAAUAUUAAUAUGUUAUUUACAAAUAUCAAA